AAUGACGGAAAUGGAGAAAUGCUCCGCCUCCAUUCAGGUAGAGCACUCAUUCAUUCGUAAUCGUGAAGCCGCCUUGACUCAUCGGCUGCCUUACCCAUCCUCCGCUCGUGAGUCACGUACGUUCUCUCCGGUGCGGCGGCAGCAGCUCCAGCGGCAUACUGAGUGUGGUCAGAGCAGCUGCUCGACUCGGCUAUAGCCGCUUUAUACGACGGUGAGUGGUGGACGCGAUUGACUCAUCACGAGUCACCAUGUGAUUCGCUGCUUCUGUUGCCGCUAUAAUUGUGUUGUGCAGUCUGCCUUAUCGGCGUGGCGGACCGAUUGGCAAUUUGCUCGUCUGUGUCCAUAAUUCGACACACAAUAGGUGGGCAGGCACAGACACAAAGCUUCCACCAGGUGCAUGUGCCCAUCUGUCUCAUGGCUCUCUCUCUAUGUGGUGGAUGCAGCUGCUAAUUGGGGUGUGUUUGAGUGAUGUCUGAGCCUUACGGCAUCGGCAUGCCCUCUGCUGCCACGGCAGACGAUGCCGACGGCGAUGCAGGUACGCCACACACAAGUGCAUCCCGCCACAUGCGUUCAUGUGGUUGUCGUUGUGCGGUUCAUCGUGUCUGCAGGCGACGUAGACGAGGAGGGGCAUGGCGGCGGCGGGCCAGGAGAGGAAAACAAUCGCAACGGCGUUGAUGGUGAGUGACUGACCAAUCAUGCUAUACAGACCAGUCGACACACCAGCAGCACAGCACACCCUAUGUGCUCUCCGUCGGUGCGUCGCCUGUGUCUGUGGUCAGACGAGCAGCAGCAGGAGGAGGGCGGGAUGGCCGACGAGGAGCCAGACCCUCAAGCAGCAGCAGGAGCCGAUAGCGAACCGGUGAGGCGCUUAUGAACACACUCCCCGUCGAUAUGAUGUCCGUCACGUUUUCCCUUGCCCUCUUGUGGUGUCGGGAUGCCAUGCAGGAGGCGGAUGGUGCUGGCGACGCCAGUGAGGACUCAUCCGACGACAGUGAGGUGGCGUACGAGGAGCAUGGUACGCCUGACAGACAGAUGUGACAAUGCUACACACACACACACUCGCUAUGUACCUCCCUCGUGUGGUGGCUCUGUGCACUGCAGGUCAUCCUGUGGUGGCGGCCACUGGCGUGACUGUCGCAGACGGCUGUGUGGGCGUCAAUGACAUCGAGGCUCGAUUCCCUCUCGGCACCAACGAGGCCAGCAAGCAGCUGGGGCUGGGCAUAAUCGGCCGCACCAUCAUGGACCCACGCCAAGUGACCGACCUCAUCCAGCAGGAAGGAGCCGACCCAGACGUCAAGCCUCGGCUGAGCGACAAGGGCAGCAAGCGUCCUGGGUUCCGCUACCCGCUGCUCUGUCUCGCCAUUGACAACCUGUCAGACAAUGCGAUAUCGACCAUCCAAGCAGACGACCGUCCCGCUGUCCUACCGCAGUGGUCGUCUGCUGGGCUGCAGGCGGAGAUCCUCACCGCACUGCUCGACGGAGGAGCCGACAUCAACACGCCAAGCUGGUUCUGGUCGGGGCCCCUCCAACUGGCAAUUUCGGCAGGCAACGCGACGGCCUUCGAGCUGCUAAUGGAGCGGCCCGACAUCGGCCUGCAGGGGCACGGCGAUAUGGAGCUGCCCCGUCCCCUGCGUGCGCCUCCCCUCGAGUAUGUGCAGGUGCUCAUGUCGAUGUAUGAGCGACUCAUCACACGAGACCGCACCCUCGCAACCCAACGACUCUUUGGCUACAACCUGGUGCAUCGAGCAGCCAUGCGAGCGAAAUGGCACUAUCCCCAGUCCUUCAUCGACAGCUACCUCGACCUCAUCACGGCGAACGGGGCCGACAUAACGGCAGCCGACGGCAUUCGGCUGACGCCACUGCACUGGGCGGCACAGUGCGGCUCUCCCUACGUGGCCGACUACCUCUGCCGCAAGCUGCCCGCUGACAACAUCGACAGACGGACAGUCUUCGACGACACGCCCCUCGCCAUGGCUGCCGAGGAGCUCGAUCGCCGCACUCAAGAGCUUCAGGACCUGGAGACGCCCGAGGCCACCAAGGAACGGCAUCGCGCCGAGAGUGACAAGUACAAGCGGAUCAUCCGUUCGCUGCUGCGGGUGGGAGGCGACAUCAGCAGCAUCCCCACAGCCACAGAGGAGGUCCGCCGUCAGCGCCAGCUGGUGCUCACCGAGUAUGCGACGGUGCUCAACGAGAUGGGCCCUGCUGUCAUGGCGGCCGUCAACGCCGCCCUCGCCCCCCACCGCUCCCUCGCGGCCCUCCUGGCCCCCCGGCUGGCUGUCGGCCCGCAGGAGGCCCCCAUCUUCGGCUGGCGCAUCGCGUCAUACCUCUUCGACAUGGAUGCCGCCAAGGAGCCCACCAGUGAGGCCAUCGGUGUGCGGCACACCGACAUGGCCCGCCGUGUGUGUGCGGCAGCGGAGCACUUUGUCAAGUCGGCAGUGUACCAGGCCAGCAGCAACAGGGAGGUGGUGGGCGGGACGAGGCAUGAGCAGCAGGGCGACAAGCGGCUCAAGGUGACGGUGCCGCAGCUGCAGUGCUUUGUGGUGGGCGGUGUGGGCGGCCGCAAGAUGGAGUUGCGUGAGGUGGUGCAGCGGGCCAUCCUGGACGAGGCGGCCAAGUGGGGGCUGGCGAGGGAGAUCGACAACGGCUUCAGCAAGGAUGUGGCUGCGGUGGUGUGGGGGGCGGUGGGGUGGGUCGAGAGGGGGCGGGACGGCAGGGAGACAUUCAGGUCGCUGCAGAUGACGUGAGAUGCGGACAUAGACAGGUUUGGGUGGCAGGGAUGGGUGGACUUUGAUGUGUGGAUGGGACGGUUGUCGCCGUCUGACUCAGUCGAGUGCUUCCCUGUCGCGCGGCCCUAACAUGUAUAUGUGCUAGAUACUGCAUUUCUGGCUGGACGGCUCGACACAUGGGUGGGGGGUGGAUGGAUGGAUGGAUGGGCUGAGGUGGAGAGCUGUCACGAUCAUGUGUUCACUGACGCAUCCACUGAGGUGCCACGUGAACGGACGAAUGUGGUGGUGGUGGCUCACCUGAUGCCUGCACGUCAAUGGAGAGACGGCGGCUGCCUGGCUGGCGGACGGGUGGUGUGAUGGUCUUGGAAUUCAUUGCCUUCUGCUGCUAUUGCCUCGCUGUGUGGGCGUGUGUUGCUGUCUGACCUUUCGUCUGAGAGAUUCUGCGUGCCCAAUUACCUUGAUCAUUUGAAGGGCUUACACGACAUUGGUGUGUGUGGGGGGGGGCAUUUUGUCGACGAACUGGUGAUACGAGUCGAGUUCGGUCGACAAGAUGC